AGUCUUGUCCGGGGUAUUGAAACAGAGCGGCAGCAUUUCUCUAGUCGAGGUGCAUGUCAGGACAUGUUGUCAUGCAUGGUGGAGAGGGCGUGGCGAAACAGGCAACCGCGGGAGUGAAAGCAAAGUGAUACGACUAUGAAACAGUCUCCCCUGUAAUCAACAUUUGGACCAUAGCUCCGUGAAAACGGGUUGGAUAAGCAUCGAUUUCCGUGGAAUAAAACAACACUAGACGGUUUGUAUGUGCUGACUGUUUUGACAAUCGUAGUGGGAAACGUGGAAUGUCACAAACUACAAGUUGACUUUCUUCAACAUCUAACGCAAGGACAAGUCGCGAGUCAAACAGCUUGUUGGACACAUAUUCUGAUGUCAACAAGCAAUCGACAGUGCCUCAACUACAGACAGAUUUACAGUAAUCACGAAUCAUCAGAUACAUCAAACUGCACCUGGUAUGGCCCGCCCCCAGACGGAGAGUGGAGUGGACCACCAUGGCCGGGGCAGACAACACAGCUGCCGCAUGGAGGUCCAGCGGCCAGACACCUGGCCUGGUGGCAGCAACAACCCUCUCCAGGCUGCAUACCACCAGUCCUGCCAACUGCUCCCCAACAUGGACACCCAGCCCAGGCAGGGCUCUCUGCCCCCCCAGCCACAGAGAGAAGCCUCCCCACCCCCCAGUACCCAUCCACUGGACACCCCCACAAGAGCAAGCACAGACCCAGACAGAGAGCUCCAGGACACCACAGCCAGGGAUCCCCUGCCUGACCUGCUGCCCCAGAGAGAGCGCUCUCCCCAGGCUUCUCCCCAGCACAGAGCCCCUGUAGUAGCGGACCCGCGGUUGGACAACGAGGUGGUGGAAAGAGUGGCCAACCAGCUCAAGAGAAUCGGUGACGAUUUGAACGCUACGAUCCUCCAGAGAAUGGGUGGCAUCCCCCAACGGCAGGACUGGAGAGGCCUAUGUCUAGGAGUCCUCAACUUCCUCUCGGAUACCCUCAGCAUUCUGUACCGACUGAGAUAGACUGACCCUAGGGAUUGGACACGCCGGAGCUCCCUACUGGACCAAUCACAGACUGCUUCAGAAUGGACUCAGUCCGCUGGAUCGGAUGAACCCCUUUUGUUUAGUCUCUUUUGUACAUCUUGUGUAUAUAUAUAUAUAUGUAUAUAUAUAUAUAUAUUUUUUUCAAUCUCUCUCCUGAUGAAGCAUUCUGACCCAGGUUGGUCUCCCAGACCGUGUGGGCUUGUGUGUGUUCCUGUCCUUUCUUGUAAACUGUGAAGCACACUGAUGUGUGGUGUGGUGGCGACGUGAGGGCUUUACCUAAGGUCAUGGUACAGUAGAAUGAGCAAUUCAACUGCUCGACAGCAUGGCUUGAUGCGGGUACUGAGGGGCCUGUGUAGAAUCCCCUGUAAGUCACACUAUGGUUAAUACGAAUCAGUUUAUAUCGCUGGAUGAGCCAAGCUUACUGCUGGGAUAAGUUAUAGCGAUAUACUAUAUGGGUUCUGCUGUAGAGGUCGGCCUAUAGUUUCAGACAGGACCAACUUGACUUGGUAAACAGAGCCAGUACACUCUUAGUAAAAACGGUUCCAAAAGGGUUAUCCGGCUGUCCCCAUAGGAGAACCCUUUUUGGUUCUCCUAUGGGCACAGCCGAAGAACCCUUUUAGGUUCUAGAUAGCACCUUUUUUUCCUAAGAGUGUAGUGGUGUAUAUAAAUUGAUAUGUAUGCUACUCUUCCCUUCAAAUCUGAAUACAUUUCAUUGACCUCUCUGUGCCUUUCUAUCGCUCCCAUCACCAGGACAAUCAGUGGUUGGUGUGUGGGACCCUGGAUGGAGCAGUGGUUGACACACACACACACACACACUGAACACUAUAUGAGCCAGUUACCAGACCAUCACUUCUAUUGGAGGCUCUGAGUUGAGCUGUAACACUGUCGGACAAUCCCACUAUUAUUACCAGUGUUAAAUUGUUUGUAUAUAUUUGUUUUGGGAGAUGGUGGUUUGGUUUGGAGGUGGAUAGGAGGAGCCAGUAACAAGCCAUCGUGAAGACCUGUUAUCAUUGGAUGAGAUUCAAUUAGCUUUAAACGUACUUAAAUUGUAAGUUCUCUGUUUGUGUUUGAAAUCUGCCACGUGUGCAGUUGUUUUUGUCUUUGGAUCAACAGUUGGAAGCAGUUAGUGUAUUUAAAUCCAGUGGAUUUGAGAUGGUAUUUCUGGUUAAAACAUGACUUGGAUGUUUAUCUUUUCAUGAUUACUAAAGAUUACUAAAUGAUAAUCAAAUUGCCCCUCAAUUGUAUAAUACAUGUAUUGUAGUUUGGGAGAAGAAACUGAAGACCUUUGUUUAUUUUGACGUUAAACACGUUUUGUAGCAUUUUGUUUCGUUUUCAAAAAUACAAUUUGUAUUUACUUUUUCUGUGUGAAAUAAGUUUUUUUUUCUUUUCAUUCCUAAUAAAAAAUGAAUUCUAAAUCUAUCUGAAAGCCAAGAACCCAUAAAAUGAGGAUGGAAUAAGCUUAAAGAUAAAUAUCUGACAAUAGACUGGAAGAACUUGACCAGUCAGUUCAUUCCCAGUUACACAAAGGGUGAACCGUCAACUGUGUUAGCGCAUUGAUAUUUGUCUUUGCCAAGGCAUUCCAUUGAAAAGUUUCCAUAGUCAGUUUGUACACAACGUUUUAUCUCAAAGCGUCCAGGAAAUCAGGGCUUUUAAGAAACACCAACCAUUUUUUGUGAACCAACAACUGUCCCUAUCAAUUCAAAGCAUUACAAAGAGGAACAACAUGUGUCCAAAUGUCUAGAAAGAGGUCACAACAACAAGCAAUGUAGUGGUUGAAAUCAGUUGAGAACAUUUGCAUGUCAAGUGGGAGAAACUGAGCCUUCACUGUAGCCAGCAGUUUAACCUUGAACCCAAGAGGUUAACACAGUCCCAACUUGCCAUGUAAACCUGAAACAGACGUUCUGAUGGAUACAACUGUGAUCAUCCUAUUUUCUGUGUUGCCAUACUGUAUCACUUAUAAGGCCUUAACAUUACUGCAGUCGAUGCUUUGUUUUCAGUUCAGGUUAUAGAUUUUUUUGAGCCCCUUUUUGCAAUGUCAUUACACCUUUAAGCAAAGAACCUGUGAGAAUAACCAAGCACCUUUUUUUCUGUGGGAAACUGGGCGUCCCCUAUAGCGUUCGGAGCACGUGUUGUUCAUUUCCUGUGACAGCCUCAUGACAUCCUGUGGUGUGUGCCGUGGCGUGGUUCACUUCCUGUGGCGACUAUGUGACUUCUUGUGGUUCCAUUCUCCAAUGUACUCUCUCACAGAGGGACGGCACUGCUGUAAAGUAGCACCACAUUUUUUGUGGGAAUCUCAUUCUCAGUUUCAUGCAGUGUAAAUUUGCUGUUUUUGACUUUUUUUUUUUUACUGAACUUUCUACAUGAAAUUUUUGUACAGAUUUGUUUCCUUAUUAACAAUAAAGAUAUGAAAUCUA